AUUCGCAUUCAUUUUCCACAAAAUUAAGAGUGAGGUUUAGAUACAAAAUCAAAGGGUUUUAGGUUGAAGAAGGUUUCGGUUGCAGCAAGAAUGGGGAAAGGAGAUCUAUGGGACGAUUCAGCUCUCAUCAACGCUUUUGAUAACGCUAUCUCUUCUUACAAGAAAAUGCACAUCAGCUCCAAAAACAAAGACAUCUCUAUUGAAGAAGCGGAGGGAAUCAUCCAAGAAAACGUUGAAAUUUCAACUACUACAAGGGAUACUGAAGCGAAAAUUGAUAUUGCCACUACUGAUUCAAGUGAAAUUAGUAAAGUUUCAAACUUGGAAGAAAAUCACCAACCUUGUUUAGAUUCAACAAAUGCUCAAGACAUUCAAAUUGGACAUAAUGGGUAUUCAUAUGGGCAAGAUUUUGAUGAUUAUAAUCAGUUAGUUGCUCAGUACUAUGAACUUGAGGAGAAAAGAUUGAAGAUUUGGGACCAGAUUAAUCAAUAUGGUAGUUUGAAUUACCAAUAUGCACCCACUGUGUAUGACUCUGGUGUACCGUUUUCUAAUGCUCAAGAUUAUUGGAUGCCUGCCCACCAAGUUUCCGAUCCGAAUGUUGUCUGUUCGUGUUGUCCGGAUUAUAGUCAGUGUGCUUUGGCUUCGAGCAGGUUGGUUCCUGGCGGUUCUGUUGGUGGAACGUGUGCUGGUAAACCUUGUAACGAUUAUGCUGCAGAAAAGGAUCCUAAAACGUUGAGUUCUGGAGAUGGUAAAGUUCGGGAAAUGGCAUUGGGGGCAGCAGAGAGGGCACUUUCUACUAUUAGAACAGCUAUUUCUGGAGAGAAAGAGAGAGAUAAUUCUGAACCUGAACAAAUUGGUGACUCAGAAACGGAUCUUACUAUUCUUAUGAAUGCUUGGUAUUCUGCUGGCUUCUAUACUGGGAAGUAUCUUGCUGAAAAAUCUAGUGGAAAUAGAAGACAAAUAUAAAUUCCUAGAUGCUAGAUCUUCAAUGGAGUCGGAAGGGUUCUCAUCCAUGUUCUAAAGGGUUAGGUAACUGAUCUGCAUUUUUACAUCUUCGCAAGAAAGUGAUGUAAUCUGAUCUAACUGGAGUCACAUGGCCCAUGGAACAACUGAAGAGGAUGAAAUCAAUCUCAACUAUUGCCAGUUAACAUAGUUGAAGACGAUUCUUUGACGGCAGUAACUUCAUGCUUUUCUUUCUUUUGCUGAAGAGUGACUUUAUGCUUUUGUAGAUGGUGGAAUCCAUGUAAAAAUCUAUUAUAGCUUAGCGCAUUCAUGUCGACAGUUUAUUUUUGAUGCAGAUGGUGGUUUGUUUUAACUUGCUUUCAUGUUGCCAAUCAAAUGUGCAUUUCUUUUA